GCAGGGAAUUUUGAAACUUGUUAUGGGCGCGAGGACAGGAAGGGGGGAAAAAGCAAUUUAGCAUUUUAGCUUUUUUGGUUAAAGAAUAUAAGCUUAACGCGGUAGAUAUGUCGUUAAUAAGUAACUAAAUAACGCGUUGUAAGGAGAUAAUAACAGAAUGAGAGGUUUGUCAGAGGAGUUGUGUAGGUUUGGUGACGGACAGCUGAACUAGCUGCGGUAGCUAACGGGAAAUCAGUACAGCGUGUUCUCUAUCGGGAUCCAUGGCCGUGGGUGAGGAAACCAAAACCGCGGGCACGCCGCUCCCUCUUCCUCUCCACUUCUCCCAUGCUGAGCAGUCUUUCUCCCUGAAGAAGCGGCGUCUCCCGUUCUCCUCAUCCAACUCUCCCUCAAGACUCGAGUCUCAUCUGCUUCCUCCCCGUCCUCCAUCUAAAGGCUGUCCUCCCCUGAGCCGGGUCUUCCCACAGCGCCGGUCCCGCUGGGCUCCGCUGUCUCGAAAUCUGAUCGAAAACCCGCCGCCGGUUUCUGUCUACGACCCGAGCAAGCCCCAGUCCUUCUUCAGUCAGUGCUUCAUCAACCUCGGCCUCAUUGGGCACGGUUCGUUCGGCGAGGUUUACAAGGUGCGUAGUGUUGUAGACGGCCGUGAGUACGCAGUGAAGCGUUCGGCGCAGCGUUUCCGCGGUGAGACCGAGCGAUCACGCUGUCUUCGCGAGGCCUUAAAUCACGAGCGUCUCCAUCCUCAUCCUCACGUCCUAGGCUUCUCUGCCGCCUGGGAGGAGGCGGAGCGGCUCUACAUCCAGACCGAGCUGUGCUCCACAAGUCUGCUGUUACACGCCGAGACGCAGCUCGUGACCUCAGGUGAGCAGUGUGCGUGGGAUUACCUAUGUGACCUGCUGUUGGCUCUGAACAACCUCCACUCGCAAGGGUUCGCCCACCUCGACCUCAAACCCGCCAACGUGUUCCUCACCCGCUCCGGCCGACUCAAACUGGGGGACUUCGGGCUGCUGCUGGAGCUGGAGCGAGGGCCGGAGAAGGACAGAGGGGUGGAGCGAGGGAGAAAAGAGAAGGAUGACGCGCAGGAAGGAGACCCGCGCUACAUGGCUCCUGAACUGCUCAGGGGAGAGUACGGGGCCGCAGCAGACGUCUUCAGCUUGGGCGUGUCCAUCCUGGAGCUGGCGUGUAGUAUAGAGGUUCCUAAAGGAGGAGAGGGGUGGCAGCAGCUCCGAAAGGGCCACCUACCGUCAGAGUUCACUAACGCCCUGUCCUCGGAGCUGCAGCGUGUCCUUAGGAUGAUGUUGGCUCCAGAGCCCAGAGACAGAGCGACAGCUGAGCAGUUAUUGUCUCUGCCGUCGGUCCGAAAACACAGGUGGAGACGACAACUCUCCCUUCAUCUCAGAGAGAGCUGGCUGUCUCUACUCACGUUUGGUCAGUCUGUCUUCUCCACACUCUUCAGCCUGCUCUCAUCACUAAAUCUCCCUCUGAUUCCGCGCUGUGACCCCGCCCCACCUAGUACGCCCCCUCGGGACCCCUGGGACGUAGACGGUGACCUCAGUGCCCUGCAGCACAGCAGCGCUCUCUCUGACUCAGCCAGUGAUGACCCGAUGUUUGUGACGGAACCACUGGGGCUGGAACACUCACCAUCUGCGUUCACACACAGACUCCAGGCCAGAUUCUUAGUUGGCAGUACCUCCACGCCGCUCCCGACCUGCAGCCCUACACACACUCCCUCACAUACUCCCUCACACACACCAUCACACACUCCCACAUACACCUCCUUAAACACACACUCACCCCGGCUCAGUCCGAUCUGCCCGGGUUCUGUGAAACACUCGGACCGCAACUUUGAGCCCAAAAACCUGCUCAUGCUCUUCGACGAAGCUUCACUAGAGAGUGAGCCGUAACAAGUUGUAUUUAGUUACUAUGAAUAUUCAGGAAAAAAAAUGUAAAGACUGCACACAUUUUCAUCGUUCUGGAAUUUUAGAUGUUUGUGUGUGUGUGUUUUUUUUUUUUAAAGAGAUUAGGAUUCUGUAUUAUAUGAUGUCGGAACGGUGCAAUGCAUCUAUCUUAUGUUGCUGUUUUUUUUUUUUUUUUUUUUUUUUACUAUGAAAAGUGGAUGUGUUAUGUGUGUUGAUUGUGUUAACCCGUGUGUAUCCAUCAUUUGUGAUGAGUAAAGAUCAAAUUGUGCUCA